GAAAACAUGGCCACGAUGUGAUGAGUAAUAUCUGUUGUUUCGGAUAGCAAAACAUUACAAAAUUACAAUACAUUAAGGUAUUCAAGAUAAAGAGCAAUGGGUUUAACGCAGAGCAACGGUGCACCUGAGGGUGGUACAGAAGGCUAUCAUGUUCAUGGGAUCCAAGAGCAUUCGCCUGCAGAGAGAGCUGGUCUGGAGCCCUUUUUUGAUUUCAUCAUAUCUAUUGGCAAUAAUCGCCUUAACCAGGAGAAUGAUAUGCUGAAGGACCUCCUCAAGGCUAAUGUUGAGAAAUCGGUGAAGAUGGAGGUUUAUAGUACAAAGACCAUGAGGCUGCGGGAAUUGGAGGUGGUUCCUAGCAAUAUGUGGGGGGGCCAGGGACUUCUGGGGGCCAGUGUCCGCUUCUGCAGCUUUAAAGGAGCCAGUGAAAAUGUCUGGCAUGUUCUAGAUGUGGAGCCAAGUUCACCUGCAGCAUUGGCCGGACUCAGGGAACGUGCUGAUUUUAUUGUCGGAGCUGACCAAGUUCUGCAAGACUCAGAGGACUUCUUCUCCCUUAUUGAAGCACAUGAGGGGAAGCCACUGAAGCUCCUGGUCUAUAAUACAGAGACGGAUAAAUGCAGGGAGGUGGUUGUGACACCAAAUGGUGCCUGGGGGGGAGAAGGCAGUCUUGGUUGUGGUAUUGGAUAUGGCUACUUGCACCGAAUCCCUGCACGACCUGACAGCCCAAAAUCGGAAAAUGUCAGUCCUCAUAUUUCUCCUGUGGCAGGGACCCCAGAGCAAGAACUUCCUACAAGUGGAUUCACAGAGGUGUCCCUAAUGGCAGCAUCCGGUCAGGCUGUGAGUGGCUUGGAUCUUGACACACCACUGCCACCUCCUAUUCAAAGAGUCAUGGACCCUGGAUUCUCAGAUCAGUCUGAAGUGGCUACGAUGAAUUCUGAGAUGUCAGACAUGGCAGACCGACUUGACUUAUCAGUUUCUUCUAUUGACAUGACAAGCACAUCCCUGGCUGUUCGAGAGGACAUUGACAUAUCAGGUGUCGAAGAGCUACAUGACAGUGAGAUUCCGUACCGUGAUCCUAAGGAGAUUACAGAGGAAUCUUCUGCAGAUUUGAUCUCCUCAGUUGUAGAAGAGCCUUCACCACCACCUUCACAUGUUUAUCUCUCGCACCCUCAAUUCCCUAAUACACUACUUGAUCAUAAUAUGCCGAUAGACAUGUCAUCUUUGGUGAAUUCUUCAAUUCCAUCUUUUGACUCUGUGCCUCCUAUAGACAUCUCUUCUCUGCUUAUUGACCGUGCUGCCCUUCACCUCCAUUCUUCUGCACUGUCUGCAAAAUAUCCCUUGCAACCCAAUGAGUCCUCACCUUUUCCCUCAGAAACUGAUGGUUUCAAUCAGGGCUUUUUUGAUGAGCCACAGUCUUUGAAGAGUAGCUUAUUUGAAAGUGAAGUGGAGAGGGUAUCCUCUGAUCUUUUGUCUCCAGAUUCCAAUUGUGCAGAAUCUGAAGCUGCUCUUCAGUAGUGACACAACUACCAAGUACCAUGUUGUAUCACUAUCUUGUUUACAAAAUUGCUUAACAAUCAUUGGUAGAAUCAGGUCUUACUUAGACUGUUGUGUGCUUUUUGAACGGUUGGGUGUAGUUCAUCUUACAUUUGCGUGCAAGUAGCCAGGAUGCCUGUAGGAUAUUUGAAUGUGAGUAGGCCAUUGUUUUACAUUUUAGUAGAUCAUCAUUUACAAUAUUUUUAUUUAACUAAGUUGGAAAUUUUACAAAUGUUUUGGAAGCAGCAUACAAAACCUUAACUUUAUUGACAGUUUUAACCAAUUAACUAAUUUGUAGUGAUGCUACUAUCCAAUCAUUCAUGGACUGCUGUCUUAAACUUAUCACUUAGUAUAGAUCAUCUCAUGUUAUAUUUAGCUAAUGCUCCAUUUGUCUGGAAUCUGCACAGAGGAUCCAUAGAACACUAACACAGAAUAGAUAUAUUGCAUAUAGAUUAAUUUUGUUUAGGUACAGCAUAACAUUGUUUUGGAUUUCUUUGUUACAUUUUUAUAAUUUGUCUUUUAGAAGGACUCCAUAUAUUUGCUUUUAUUGCUUUUUAUGUAUUGUGGGAACAUUUGUUAUGGAUAGUGCAAAUUGUUAUACUGGUCAAUGGUUUUGUAUUUGUUUAGUGCUGCAAACCAAAAUCAUUCUCUACUGGCUAAUUAGAGUUCGAUCAUCAUUUUUAUGUGAUUUUUAGAAUCCUAUCUCAAAUAUCUUAUUUUAGUUUGUGUUACUUAAUCAUCAUCUGUAUUGGUGUAAUUGCUUAUAUGUGCUUUAGGUUGAAAGCGUAAUAGUGUCUUUGUUUAGAAUUUUGGUUGCCUGGUUAGGAAGUCAGUAUAAGUAAAAUGAUCACUGAACUAAAUCAACACUAAAGAAAUGUUGUCAUAGUAAAAUAUUGCUUUGACUAUAUAUUGAGACAUGGACUAUUGCUGUUCAAUUGUGGUUGGUAAUUUAUUGAUCUAUGCAAAUAUGGAAAUAACGUCAGUAGAAUGUAUGUGUUGUUAUGAUUGAGUUGAAUCAUUAUUGCCAUAUUCAAUAAUAGUGUCAUACCCAGGUGUUUGUUUUAUUAGCAUUGGUAAAGGAAAGUGCAAACUGAGAGAAUACCUCAUAGAUCUUAAGUUCUUUGUGAAAUCAAAUUCUGAAAUAGCUUCAGCAGUGAGUGAAGACUUUAUAUAAGUGUCUAUAUAUAAGUGAAUCCAGUGAAUACUGAAGACAACAGUAAUGGUAUUUCAUGAGGCAGAAGAGACAAUGUUGUUUUGAAUGUUCCUUUUAUAAAAAAAAAAUGGUAGAAUAUCUUGUGUGAACACAAAUGUAUAUUUUUGCAAUUAUUGUACUUAAGCUUAUCAGUAGAUUUAAGAAGAAGAAGAAAAAAACCUGAAUACGGUGUACCUACUCAAACUAAAUUGUUGCUUUGUUUUGGAAAAUAUCAAAUUCCAAAACCCCGGAACCCUACAGCAAUAAAAUCCUAAAUAGGCCCAUAAAUUGUUAGUGGUGGUUUUUCUUUUGUGUACUGUGGGUGUUGAAGGAUAUUGAAUAAAUGUCAUGGCAGUGAUAUUUUGUUUAAGGAAUAUUCUGAGUUCAAUACAAGUUAAGCUCAAUUGGCACAAUAUUGAUUGCCACAAAAAUACAUUUUGAAUCAGACAUCCUUCUCUUUAACAAAAGCUCAAAACCGAGUUACAGUGAGGAACUUACAGUGGAAGUGAAUGGGGAGCCAAUCUGUAAAUGUUGAAAUACUAUUUCAAAAGUAGCCUCAAGACUUAAACAAUAUGUGUGUUAACAUGAUUAUAGUGUAAUAAAAUCACUUACUAACCUUUUCUGUGUGAAGUUAUAACCAAUUUUACAAAUUCAUCGCCAUGACGAUGUAAU